AUGCCUCGGCCGGGGAAGAGUUCGUACAGCGACCAAAAGCCACCCUACUCAUACAUCUCGCUGACCGCCAUGGCCAUCCAGCACUCGGCGGAGAAGAUGCUGCCGCUGAGCGACAUCUACAAGUUCAUCAUGGAGCGUUUCCCCUACUACCGCGAGCACACGCAGCGUUGGCAGAACAGCCUGCGCCACAACCUCUCCUUCAACGACUGCUUCAUCAAGAUCCCGAGGCGGCCCGACCAGCCCGGCAAAGGCAGCUUCUGGGCGCUGCAUCCCGACUGCGGCGACAUGUUCGAGAACGGCAGCUUCCUGCGGCGCCGCAAGCGCUUCAAGGUGCUGCGCGCGGACCACACUCACCUGCACGCGGGAAGCACCAAGGGCGCGCCAGGUGCGGGGCCCGGAGGGCACCUGCACCCCCAUCACUCCCACCACCCGCACCACCACCACCAUCACGCUGCGGCUCACCACCAUCACCACCACCCGCCCCAGCCGCCGCCGCCUCCGCCACCGCCGCACAUGGUGCAUUAUUUCCACCAGCAGCCUCCUCCGGCUCCGCAGCCGCAGCCGCACCUCCCGUCUCAGCCGCCACAGCAGCCGUCCCAGCAGUCGCAGCCUCAACAGCCGUCUCAUCCCGGCAAGAUGCAGGAGGCGGCGGCCGUGGCGGCGGCGGCGGCGGCGGCGGCGGCCGCAGCAGUUGGUAGCGUGGGGCGCCUGUCGCAGUUCCCGCCCUAUGGGCUGGGCUCGGCCGCCGCCGCCGCAGCCGCCGCCGCGGCGUCCACGUCGGGCUUCAAGCACCCAUUCGCCAUCGAGAACAUCAUCGGCCGGGACUACAAGGGCGUGCUGCAGGCCAGCGGGUUGCCCUUAGCCUCGGUCAUGCACCACCUGGGUUAUCCUGUGCCAGGCCAGCUCGGCAACGUCGUCAGCUCCGUGUGGCCGCACGUCGGUGUCAUGGAUUCGGUGGCCGCGGCCGCCGCGGCCGCUGCCGCCGCGGGGGUGCCUGUAGGCCCGGAGUAUGGAGCCUUCGGUGUACCGGUCAAGGCCCUGUGCCACUCUGCCAGCCAGAGCCUGCCUGCGGUGCCGGUGCCCAUAAAGCCGACUCCAGCGCUGCCGCCCGUAGCUGCGCUGCCGCCGACACUCACUGUCCCUGCGGCCGCACAGCAGCCGCCGGCGCCGUCCACCGUGUGCCCGGCGGCCUCGACCUCGCCCGCCGCCUCCCUGCUGGAGCCCACCGCCGCGAGCGCGAACGAGAGCAAGGGUGGCUCCCUGCACUCGGUGCUGGUGCACUCCUAA